CAAACGCUCUAUCAGGUUCUGCUUCUCGGCCUUCACGUUUGUCAACAGUUCCCGUCUGACCAUGGAAGUGAACCUGCGUGUGUGUGUCAACGCUGGAGACUGUGACGUGCGGGAGUGCAUCCCUUUUCGACGCAAACGUCAGGCAUCUAACGAGGAGACGACCGUUGAGCAAACGUUCAAUAUCUAUAUCCCUGAAACCAGCGACCCCAACAGUGAGACAAAUGGACCAAGAACAUCGGUGUCCCGAGUCAGUGACGGCAGUUCAUGUAGGUUGCCGUUUGAAUUCCUGCCGACCGUUCUUUGUCUUGGAGGCAUUGUGGCGGCUCUCAUGGCGCUGUGUGUGUUCCUCACAUUAAGGCUUCUACGCAGAACAAAGGCUUCAUGAGAUUCUGCUACAGAAAAAACUGCCAGCACCAAUCCGUAACGAGCAUGUACGAGACAGAGCAACAAUUAAUUAUAUUCUACAGAAACUGCAGCUUGCAUUCUCAAUUAAAAUAAUAGUGUCAAUGUA